AUGCCGCCGUUCGCGUAUCGCAACCAGCCAGCGAGGACAUCCUAUAUCGUCUACACCGUCUCCACGAUGCUGCUUGUGCGGCUUCCGUACUGGACCUUCACGAACCUGCUCCCGUCGUGGCGGCCGUGCCCGGCAUGGAGCCUGUGCCAGACGCUCGUCAUCAAAGUCGGGCGCGUCAUAGUGGACAUGUUGUACGCGACACGCCCGCCCGCGGUGGAAUCGCUUGAGAAGAUCGCGCGGGACGCGAAGAAGCGGGGUUUCGUGUGGGUCGAACCUGCCCCGGAGCCCCUGGUGGGCGAUCUCCGCGAGAUGGCGGAGGUGAACGGCGUGAAGGCAGCUAGGACGGGUGGGUUCUGGUAUGGAGCAAGGGAUGCAGAUGGGAAUGUAGGCCAGAAGGCGGCCUCAGGAGAGAAGGUCGUAUAUCAUAUGCAUGGCGGUGGAUAUGUGAUGGGCUCUGCCAACCCGUCUGCUCAGAUGGUCACCACUUGCUUGAGCGGCUUCCUUGUGCACUUCCCGACCGAGCGCAUCUUCGCGAUCGAGUAUCGGCUCUGUUCUGCUCCGCCCUUCGAGUCGGCCAACCCCUUCCCCGCCGCGCUACUCGACGCGCUCGCGGGAUACCGCUACCUUUUGGACCUAGGAUUCGCUCCGCAGGACAUAAUUAUCAGCGGGGACUCCGCGGGCGGGGCCCUCGCGUUCGCGCUUGCGCGCUACCUCGUCGCUGCGGCUCUCCCUACCCUUCCCGCACCCGGCGGGCUGCUCAUGCUGUCGCCCACGGUCGACUGGGGUGACACCCACACCGGCCCGGACUCAUCCAUGGUGCGCAACGCGGGCACUGAUUGUGUAGGUGCCAUCUUCGAGAGCGGAUACACGAAAGCGGGGCUCGUGGGGCGCCUCCCUGCCUCGAUCGCCGCAACGAGCGCCUGGAUCUCGCCCGGCUCGCUGAAGGCGGAGGUCGUGCCUGGGAUGUUCGCUAGCAUGCCGCAGACGUGUAUCGUGACGGGCGAGGUGGAAAUGACGCUCGACCCGAUGCGCACACUGCGGGACAGGAUGCGCGCGGAUAUUGGUGAAGAAAGGGUGGUUUAUAUCGAGGGGCCGGGCAUGACGCACGAUUACUUGACUGCGGCGUGGUGUGAGCCUGAGCGCACGGAUACGCUGCGCGAGAUUGCAGCAUGGGUCAAGAAGCUGUGA